GCCUGCCCAAGAAUAGCCGUACGAGCACGGAUGGAUCAUGUGUAACUCUGAGGGGAAAAUAGAGUGAUGUGGGUGUGCGUUCACUUUGGUGGGCGUGUGUCUUAAACACAGAGAGAGAGUAGUCCCACUUUUCUCCAGCCAGCACUACUUUUACAACUUUCUGGAUAGCAUUUUGGACUAACUCAACCUUAACUUUGGGAUUGGAUUUUGGAUAAUAAUGGAGGUGAAUGGGCGACACUUGCCUCCGUCUAUACCAGAAGAUGGAGAGAUUCCAGACCACGUACUUCAAGGUGAAAUCAAUGGAUAUCAUCAUCGCUUUCAGGACAUGGGAGAGGCAGAGGUCCCGGUAUCCAAGUCUCAGAGGAGGAAAAGUGAUGUCAAAGUAUAUAAGGAGUUUUGUGAUUUUUAUGCUAAAAUGAACAUGGCCAAUGCUCUGGCCAAUGCCAUCUGUGAGCGCUGUAAGAGCGGGUUUGCUCCAGCUGAGAAGAUUGUCAAUAGCAACGGAGAGCUGUACCACGAGCAGUGCUUUGUGUGCGCCCAGUGUUUCCAGCAGUUUCCAGAGGGACUAUUCUAUGAGUUUGAAGGAAGAAAGUACUGUGAACAUGACUUCCAGAUGCUUUUUGCUCCGUGCUGUCAUCAGUGUGGUGAGUUCAUCAUCGGGCGAGUGAUCAAAGCCAUGAACAACAGCUGGCACCCAGACUGUUUCUGCUGCGACAUCUGCCAGGCUGUGCUCGCUGAUGUGGGCUUUGUCAAAAAUGCUGGCAGGCACUUGUGUCGCCCGUGUCAUAACCGAGAGAAGGCUCGAGGCCUGGGAAAAUACAUCUGUCAGAAGUGUCACGCCAUCAUCGACGAGCAGCCACUGCUUUUUAAGAAUGACCCCUACCACCCCGACCACUUCAACUGCAACAACUGCGGAAAGGAGCUGACAGCUGAUGCCCGUGAACUGAAGGGGGAGCUAUACUGUCUGCCCUGUCAUGAUAAAAUGGGCGUCCCGAUCUGUGGAGCUUGUAGGAGGCCCAUCGAGGGUCGCGUGGUCAAUGCUAUGGGCAAACAAUGGCACGUGGAGCAUUUUGUGUGUGCUAAGUGUGAGAAACCUUUCCUGGGACAUCGUCACUAUGAGCGCAAGGGACUGGCCUACUGUGAGACCCAUUACAACCAGCUGUUUGGAGAUGUUUGCUACCACUGCAACCGUGUCAUUGAAGGAGAUGUGGUGUCUGCCCUUAACAAAGCCUGGUGUGUCAACUGUUUUGCCUGCUCCACCUGCAACACCAAGCUCACCCUCAAAGAGAAGUUUGUAGAGGUGGAUUUGAAGCCGGUUUGUAAACAAUGCUACGAGCGGCUCCCAGACGACAUGAGGCGGCGUCUGGCUAAACGUGAACGUGACUCGAAAGACAAAAAGAAGAAAUUAUUGAUACCCAUGAACAAAUUUGUGGAGUUUGACAUGAAACCAGUCUGUAAGAAAUGCUAUGAGAAAUUUCCCCUGGAGCUGAAGAAAAGACUGAAGAAGCUGUCAGAAACUGUUGCACGUAAAUGAAAAACAAGAACAACCAAAGAUCUGCACCCAAAUGACAAUCAUUUGAAUAAUAUUUGAAUGCUUUGUUUUGAAAAGGUCACCAUUAUUGUCACUAUUACAAGAAUAGGAAUUAGUCAUGUUAUUAACCUGUUGUGCUUUUUGACCGUACACUUUACUCACAAGCUUGCCUUAUUUCAUUACUAUAUUAUUCAUCAUGCUGCAAAUGGUCAUUUAUUUCAUUUUUCAUAUUUCAAAAUGGACAGUCCAAUAUUAUUUUAUGGCUUAACUUGUAUGUAACUUUUCUUGGGGACGGUUCACCUGGUAGUCUCCAUGCUUUUGAUUUUUGAGAAAUAAAUAAUUAUAAUCAUCCUGUAACAUUCCAGGCAGCGAAAUAACAUCUCUAUGGAGACAAGCAGGUAGUGGAUCCCUCACCAGAAAGGUUACAUAGUGCACCUUUGAGUAUUUAUGCCAGUGGUGUGUGUAUAUAUUCUGUUAUCUUUGCCUUAUGACACCAGCUUGUAUUACAUUUAUCUAUUAUUUGUGCACAUUUUUCAUAGUAUCAUGCAUGGUUACUGUUGUUAAAUGCUAACAUAUUUUCAUUAUCCAGCCAAAUGUUAAUGUAAUGAACUCACAUGAUGUAUAUAAAACCAUCAAAGUAUUUAUGCAAAAAUAAUAAUGACAGACUUCCUUUUUGAAUAAAGUUAUUGUUUUAAAUUAA